AUGGAACCACAACACCUCGUCUGCCCCAAAUGUUGGACGGAUUUCUUCAACACUGAGGCUUUCGAAAGAACCUGUACUGCCGAAGAUGACCACUAUUCCAUACCUGAGACAACCGGUAUCUACACUGUUGACGAAAUCAGAACAGCUUCAUCACGUUGCAAUUGGUGCAGGUUUAUCGCGACCUUCCUUGAUGAUUCAAGAUCUGGAGACACGCAGGUUAAAACCGUACUACUUCCAUCCCGUGACAGGUACCACGCUACGCCAUCUGGCCGCAAUGUAUUUUUCGUCCGUGUCUACUAUCUAUCGAAGGGACAAGAGAUAAAUAUUGGGAUGGAGUCUCUUUAUGCUUUUACGACUAGUCAGGAUAACGCUUCCAAGUUCGUGACUGCACGUCCUUUGCGAGUGGAUGUAGGCAGUGAUGCCGCUUGUGAUCAGAUCCAGACGUGGCUCGACGAUUGCAAAGGUCACGAAGGCUGCUCCAGCUCCUAUACAAAUGCUCCACUUCCUACCAGAGUUAUCGAAGUCAAUCCUGCAGACCAGGAAGAGCCUCGUGUUGUUGAGUCUGGUGGUCAAAGAGGAACAUAUACAACUUUAUCCUACUGUUGGGGCAAAGCACCCUUCGAGACCCUCAACACUUCGAAUUAUGCCCAUUUCAGUAAAGCUCUUGAUAUGAGUACAUUACCUCUCACAGUUCGAGAGGCUAUCACUAUAACUCGCAAACUAUCUAUUCCACAUCUAUGGAUCGAUGCUCUCUGUAUUAUCCAGGACUCUGAGGAUGACAAGAAUGAAGAGAUCUCCUCAAUGAAGGAUGUCUACGCCCGUUCAGCGUUGACUAUCGUCGCAGCCUCUGCAGAGGCCGUCGCUGAAGGGUUUCUGCAAAACCGGCCUGCCCUAAAAGACGUUUUUAUGAUACCAUUCCGCAUGAAAUCUGAUCUUUUCGGAUCAUUCUCUUUCAGCAAGCUCAGCACGGCAUCCUACAAUGAACGUUCCGAGCCACUGGCAAAGAGAGCUUGGACCCUGCAGGAACAACUGCUCGCUCAAAGAUCCAUUACCUUUGCCGUCCACACAAUGUUAUGCGACUGUAAAGCCGGUACACGAACCUUUGGCGACUCUUUCCACUACCCGUAUAGUGAUAGUAGCGAAAGGUCCUAUACCCUUAACCUCAACACACUCUUGCUACAUGAAGAGGAGGCGAUCGCUUGCAAGUACGACGCUCUGACCUCGUGGUGUAGGCUCGUAACGGCCUAUUCCCUUCGUCUUGCUAGUCUUGAAAGCGACAAGCUGAACGCGAUUGCUGGCGUUGCGUCGUUGUCAUCAUUUAGCUCUGCUCUUGGUCCAAGCUAUCAUGCUGGAAUGUGGACGUACAAGUUUGCGCUGCAACUUACUUGGUAUGUUGAACAUCAACAUGAAAGCCUCCCUGGUAUUAAGCUUUCUUCCUACCAGCCAAAGGCAUAUCGUGCGCCUUCAUGGUCGUGGGCUAGCAUUGAAGGUGGUGUCAUCUGCUUCAACGAUAUAUUUGCACCUGUACACUAUCCUAUCACUAUUUGCGAGAUCCUGGAUUGUGUUCCAACGCCCAAAACUGGGGGAAACUCUUUUGGAGAAAUUGUGUCUGGAUAUCUGAAACUGAGAGGGCCUGUAAGGAGAGCCUGGGUUUAUCCGCAAACCUCGAAUCUUGUGUUGCUCCCCAACUUAGACAGGGACAACAGUAUAAUCUCUUGCCAAGACGCCUACAAACAGCAUAUUGAAGACUUUGUUACGCGGUACCCUGACGUUGAUCUAGAUGAUGAGACUCUACACGGCUCGUGGAAUGAUAACACAGUUGCAACCUGUGAUCAGUCUCGAUUUACUGAUCCUAUGCUUGUUUACUGUCUUGCUGUGGCCUCUGAGCUUGGAGAUUCAAGAAGUGUUUCUGGCUUACUACUCACAGAGGAAGUUGAAGGCUUGUAUAAGAGAGUUGGCCAGUUCAUGAGAGCAAGAAAGAAGGAUUUCGUUAGAAAUGAGUUGAUCGUAAGAGAGAUUACAAUAGUAUAA